AUGUGGACGGCAUGGUGUGUGGCUGCUCUGUCUGUGGUGGCUGUGUGUGGCACCCGCCAAGAGACAAACACAGUCCUCAGGGUUACCAAAGACGUGCUGAGCAAUGCCAUCUCAGGCACCCUGAAGCAGAGUGAUGCUCUCCACUCGGCCCUGAGGGAGGUGCCCAUGGGUGUUGGUGGCGUUCCCUACAAUGACUUCCAUGUCCGAGACCCUCCCCCUAAAUAUACCAAUGGCAAACAGCUUGGUGGUAAUUACAUGUAUGGUCACAUCAAGACCAACGAAAACACUGCUCAGCUGGGGGGCAAAUACCGAUAUGGUGAAAUCCUCGAAUCCGACGGAAGCAUCAGGUACCUCCGAAAUGGCAACUAUCGCAGUGCCGAGAAUGCAUAUGGAGGCCACAGGGAUGACAGGCGAUACAGGUCAGCUGAAGUUGUGGCAGCCACAGGCAGGCUUCACCGGCGAGAGCUGCGGCCCGGAGAAAUCCCACCUGGUGUAGCCACCGGGGCGCUGGGCCCAGGCGGUUUGCUGGGCACGGGUGGCAUGCUGGCAGCUGAUGGCAUCCUGUCAGGCCAAGGUGGCCUGCUCGGUGGAGGUGGUCUCCUUGGUGACGGAGGACUUCUCGGAGGAGGGGGUGUCCUGGGCGUGCUCGGCGAGGGCGGCAUCCUCAGUACCGUGCAAGGCAUCACAGGGCUGCGCAUCGUGGAGCUGACCCUCCCUCGGGUGUCCGUGCGGCUCCUGCCUGGCGUGGGCGUCUACCUGAGCUUAUACACCCGAGUGGCCAUCAAUGGGAAGAGUCUUGUCGGCCUCCUGGACAUUGCCGUGGAAGUGAACAUCACAGCCAAGGUCCGGCUGACCAUGGACCGCACGGGUUAUCCUCGGCUGGUGAUCGAGCGAUGUGACACCCUCCUGGGGGGCAUCAAAGUCAAGCUGCUGCGAGGGCUUCUCCCCAACCUCGUAGACAACUUAGUGAACCGAGUCCUGGCCAACGUCCUCCCUGACGUGCUCUGCCCCAUCGUGGACGUGGUACUGGGUCUUGUCAAUGACCAGCUGGGUCUCGUGGACUCUCUGAUUCCUCUGGGAAUAUUGGGAAGUGUCCAAUACACCUUCUCCAGCCUUCCACUUGUAACCGGGGAAUUUCUGGAGCUGGACCUCAAUACCCUGGUUGGGGAGGCUGGAGGAGAUCUCAUUGACUAUCCUCUGGGGCGGCCAGAGAUGGCUUCCAAGCAAAAGAUGCCAGUAUUGCCUCCCAUGGGUGACAACACCAACUCCCAGCUGGCCAUUUCUGCCAAUUUCCUGGGCUCAGUGCUGACUCUCCUGCAGAAGCAAGGGGCACUGGACAUUGACAUCACCAAUGGCAUGUUUGAAGAGCUCCCUCCACUUACCACGUCCACGCUGGGAGCCCUGAUUCCCAAGGUGUUCCAGCAGUACCCCGAGUCCCACCCACUCACCAUCAGGAUCCAGGUGCCAAACCCACCAUCAGUGAUGCUGCAGAAGGACAAGGCGCUGGUGAAGGUGUUAGCAACUGCUGAGGUCAUGGUCUCCCAGCCCAACGAUGUGGAGACCACUAUCUGCCUCAUUGACGUGGACACAGAACUCCUGGCCUCAUUUUCCGUGGAAGCAGAUAAACUCAUGAUCGAUGCCAAGCUGGACAAGACCGAGCUCAACCUCAGAACCUCAAAUGUGGGCAACUUUGAUGUCGGCCUCAUGGAGGUGCUGGUGGGGAAGAUUUUUGACCUGGCGUUUAUGCCUGCAAUGAAUGCUGUGCUGGGUUCUGGCGUUCCUCUUCCCAAAAUCCUCAACAUCGACUUCAGUAAUGCCGACAUUGACGUCUUGGAGGACCUUCUGGUGCUGAGUGCAUGA